UGUGGCUGAGGCUCCGGCGGUAUAAAGGCGGCCACGCGUUAAGGCUCCGGGCCGGAGAGUACGUGUCUCAGGGGGAGGAGAAGGUGGCGGCAGGGCCGGUGCGGAGCAGGCGAGCGCCGCGGGGAGGGGUGUCAGCUCCAGUGCGUGGGGGAUUUUAAUCCGAUUCCGGCCGGCCCGGAUUUUAUUUGGAGCGGGUUUUAAAGCGCCUGUCGUCCCUCUCGCCUCUGCGGACGGGGCAGCAUGUCCGAAGCGGAGCAGCAGUUGGCGGCCGGCGCCACCCAGAACGGCCACGAAGCGGCCGAGAGCGCCGGAGAGCAGCAGGCCGAAACCGGCGGAGCUCCGGCGGCGGCAGGCGCGGCUGUGGCGGCGACGGCGGGAACGGCGGCGGCGGCGGGAGCUGGACCGGCGGCGGGAACAGCGGGGACGGCCGCCAGCCAGAACGGAGCCGAAGGCGACCAGAUCAACGCCAGCAAGAACGAGGAGGACGCGGGGAAGAUGUUCGUUGGUGGCCUCAGUUGGGAUACAAGCAAAAAAGACUUGAAAGAUUACUUCACCAAAUUUGGUGAGGUAACUGACUGUACGAUAAAGAUGGACCCUAACACAGGAAGAUCCAGAGGCUUUGGAUUUAUUCUCUUCAAAGAACCUGGGAGUGUUGAAAAGGUUCUGGAACAGAAAGAACACAGGCUAGAUGGAAGACUAAUUGACCCCAAGAAGGCCAUGGCAAUGAAAAAGGAUCCAGUGAAGAAAAUAUUUGUUGGUGGACUAAACCCAGAAGCCACAGAAGAGAAAAUCAGGGAAUACUUCGGAGAGUUUGGAGAGAUUGAAGCAAUUGAACUUCCAAUGGAUCCAAAGACCAACAAAAGGAGGGGGUUUGUGUUCAUCACUUUCAAGGAAGAGGAUCCAGUGAAGAAGGUUUUGGAGAAGAAAUUCCAUAACGUCAGUGGAAGCAAGUGCGAGAUUAAGGUAGCACAGCCAAAAGAAGUAUACCAGCAGCAACAGUUCAGUAGUGGUGGAGGAAGAGGUAGCUAUGGAGGAAGAGGCAGAGGUGGAAGAGGCGGCGCUCAAAGUCAAAAUUGGAAUCAAGGUUAUGGCAAUUACUGGAACCAGGGUUAUGGGAAUCAAGGAUACGGCUAUCAGCAAGGUUAUGGUGGCUAUGGAGGCUAUGAUUAUUCAGGAUAUGGGUAUUAUGGAUAUGGACCAGGCUAUGAUUACAGUCAAGGCAGUGCAAAUUAUGGGAAGACACCAAGACGUGGUGGUCAUCAGAAUAACUACAAGCCAUAUUGAUCAAACUUAUUCAGAAUAUUUUGUAAGAACCGUGACUAUUUUGGGAUCCAUGCCCCUUGGCUGUCUGUUCCUCAUGCAUUUGAUGCUACUGGGACUGAAGUUUCUGACUUAAUCUGGUCUGGUCACUGAGACUGUUGAAUACAGUGCUACUGGGGACCUUGUUACAAAACUGGCUACUGAAACUGGUCAGAGGAGCCUGGGAAGGACUGGGUAUACUGGCACCUAGAAUGGCAUUUGCAUAGGUAGCAGCAGAUUUAAAAAUACAAGAUAACCCAUGGGCUCAUCUUAAUUUGCAAAAGUCAUAACCUGAAAGAGCAUGAAUUUAGAAAAUGUAGUUUAUAGUAGCUGCUAGAAAUAUAUUCUGUUAUAAUCAGUUUUAGAUAUGCUGUUUUAAGUAAAAGCCAAUUCCACACUUCUGCCAGAGUUGGAACAAGCUCUUAAAUUUAUUUCUCCUAAAGCUUUUACUAAUAACAAGAUAACUGAAAAUAACAAAAUCAAAAGUAAUUUUUCUGGUCUGUGACACGCUAGGAUGAAGAUUAAAUGUGCGUUAUUAUAGUUGAAUAAUGUUUCUUAGUAGUAGAUCUUGAACAUUGUUUGAAACCUAUGGAAAGAAAAUAAUGUUAUGUUUUUUUUGUAAAAGCAUCAUUAAAAGGAAUCUAUUUCAUUGCCUCAUUUUCGCUUACAUUAUAUGUAAGUGUCCUACUAGUACUGUACUUAGUAAGAGGCUUUUUGCAUUCUUGGUUUCCUGUAGAAAAUAAAGGCAUUUUUCUUGCUUAGUUUAGAUUGCAGAAAAGUACAUUAAGUCAUUAGGCCUCUAAGUUAAACUGGCACUGUUGAGUAAUCCUUUUGUUCUCAAGAAUAAGUAGUACAAACAGCUGUAUGUCUUUCCAUUAACUUGCUAAAUAAAAUAUUAACACAUUUU